UUCAAAAGCUGCGCUAUCAUCAGAAUGUCAAGCGUUGCGAAACAAGAAAAGGAGAUCGCUAAUUCAUCGGAGGCAGAUGAAAGCGUUGAAAAUGUAACGCCCCAACUUGAGCACCUAAUAUCCAUGGGUUAUCCGGUGAGCGAGGCACGCGCUGCGCUCAAAUAUGCCGAUAACAAUCUCAAUCUGGCCGUACAGUAUCUGGCUGAGGGCGGCGAAGGUGCCGAUGAUGAUGAGCAGGUUUCCAAUGCGCGGCUGCGUCGCCGCGCUCUUCGCUGCUGCAAGCUGCUGAACGAAUCUCUCAUGGAUAAUCCGGCCAUAAACGAUUAUACCAUUGCGGCACUGAUGAAGGAUCCACAGUCUGCAGAAACACUGCGCGAAAUGGUUAAAAACCACAGUGGGCAGCUUCUAGCGUCCAUGCUGAAAUCCUCAUACGAUGAGGAGCAUUAGUAGCUGAAGGAGGCGCAUAAGCUAGCUAUUAAAUCACCUCUUGAUGCUGUGUACUCUCCAAAGUAGAUAUUAAAUAAAGGUAAAAAAAAAGUA